ACGUAACGCCUACAACGCCACCGGAGCCUCGAACGCAAAAGCCCAUAAACAAGAAAUCUUUUCCCUCCCAAUUUCUUCGCUUCGCUGAUCGCUCCCAAGAAUCUCGAUCUCAUUGCCGACGAGAAGAAACCGUAAUCGCCCUUCUCGUUGCAUCAGCUCCUCAAUUUCUUCAGCAUUUGUAAUCUCCUUCGCAAAUAUAGGGUUUCUAUUAUCUCACUUCAACGGUUGAAUCCUCUUAGGGUUUCUGCAAAAGCUUAAAUCGUCGGGGAUGGGCUUCAUAAAAUUGGAGCCUCGAUGCCCUCAGAGAUCGGCGAUAGUGGCUUCCGUAGAUCCAGAGCCUAAUUGGACUAUGAAUGAUCUUUUGACUGAGCUUAAUACGUUGGAGGAAAAGCUCGGGUAUCACUCGCCCUCGCCUCUUAAGCAACCACCCCCUGGGGAGAUUUUAAAAGUGGAGGAGCUGGUUUCACGAGGUCAUAAGCCAUUUGUCAUGAGCAUCUCUGAUGAUGAUACGAGUGGUGACGAUGAUGCAGAAAGUUAUGGUGAAAGUGAGGAUGAAGUAAGUGAAGCUAAGAGUUUGGUGGCCGGGGCUCGGUUUUCUUGCAACGAUCUUGAUUUUAGUGAUUCGGAAGCAUCUGAGGAGGAGUUAGAUAUUAAUUCAACUCAAAGUUUUUUGAUGCACAAAAAUAGCUUGGAAGAAGGUACUCUUUUUGAACUUGAAAGGGAGCACCAACAAAAAGUCAAGGAGCAAGUAAGGAGUACAUUAUCUGCACUGGAAUUAGAUUAUGAAAAGAACUGCUACAGAUCGCAGCAUGCUGUUCUUCAGAUAGAGAAAUAUAUAGAAGAAAGACGUGAGACUGACAGAAGUCUGGAUAAGCAAUAUCGGUGCAAGAUUGCUGAAGUACUUGAUAGCCACCUCUCUGCUAUCCAAAGGGAUCAUCAAAAGAGAUCCCUGAUUGAGGAGCAAAGAAUAAAAGACGAUGCGGCUAUUGAAGAAGCCAAACGGAAAGAAAAAGCUAUAUAUGAGGAAGAAGUGAGGCGAGAAAAGGCUAAGGCCGAAGCAGAGGCGAGAGAAAAAGCUGCAAAAUUAGCAGAAGAACGAAGAUUAGCUCUCGAAACUGCAAAAAAGGAGGCUCAAGAAGCUGCAAGAAAGGAAGCUGAGAGAGCUGCUGCAGAAGCUGCAGAAAAGGCAGCUCAGAAUAAGGUCGGUAGUAGUGCACAAAAUGCAAGAGAAAGAAAGGAAGGAAGUUCAUCUUCUGAUGAAUCAGGGAUUAAAGUUAUGGCUGCUGACGCUGCACUUAAGUCAGAGGCAAACAGACUAAGAAUAUACAAUGAUGUUGCCAAAGAGAUUCCUAGUAUACCUCAGAAGGAAUUUGAAAAAUAUGGACGAAAGAUGUUUAGGAUAGUAAGCCAAAUAACCGGGACCGUUGAGGCUGUCAGAUCUAAAGCACAAGAUUUCAUAAGCACGAUUAAUGGCUCAGUAUUACCUCAUCCUAUCUCCAUCUUGGUCUUUGCGCAAAAGAUUGUUUCCUUCUGUGAAACCCCAAGGGGAAAUGAUGAUCGAUUUGCUUUCGCUUGCGCCUGUGUUAUUCUCCUUGUUUCUUCCGAGGUGCCUGUUGCGAUGGAUUUUGUACUGGCUGAAUUGCAUAAAGCCUGUAUCUACACAGUUCCUAAGCAUCUCCAUCCUUCAAAGCCUGAUGCACAAAGUAAAGAUUACUGGAAAAUGAUUGGUUAUCGUGAAGAAGACAGCAAGUUGGAAAGCUCACAGAGUUACUUGAAACGUUUACAGCCUUAUAUGAAACUAUACGCUGCUCUUGUUCAGACUGAUAUGCAAGGUAUUAGAAAUCCUCAUGGCCUAGAACAUGGAUGGGCGUGGCUUGCAAUGUUCCUGAACACACUUCCUGCUAAUAGAUCUACUGCCUUCGCUUUGGAUGCCUUCCUGAGGAUGACAGGAUUUGCACUAUACAGACGAUACAAGUCUCAGUUCAUUAAGAUACUUGAUGUAAUUUCACGUAGCUAUUUGCCUGCAUUAAAGAAACGAGAUGAUCAGAAGUUGGGAGAGAUUGUGAAUAGGUUAGAGGGAUACCUUGAUGAUAAAGCUUAUUUAAAAGAGCCUGAGGGUUGGCGUCUCCAAGAAGGUUAUCUUCUAUCUGAAGAAUUCGUGUAAAACAAAACAUAUUGGCGAAGUCUGUCAAGUAUGUGUUAUAUGAAAGGUUCAGGCCGAGUUGUAUAUCUCAAGGUGCGAUGUGUGUUGCAUUUAUAUUGGGCAUCAGUUAUCGCCUGUAUUCAAAUAUUUAGGAUGUGUAAUGUUAUGAUCAUGUAAUAAAAUUUAAAAGGUUUACAUUCUCUACUAGUUUCUUCA